GGCAGAUGUUGCCCAUCAGCGUGCGCAACAUGCCCUCAAUAAGCCCUCUAAUCCUAAAACGCCUCAAGCAGGGCGGGCCUGGAGCGCAGGGACCCCCAGGACCUCCAGGACCCCCCGGAACUCCAGGGACACCUGGCCUUAAUGGAGCCUCUGGCCCAGCAGGUAAGCCUGGUGAGCCAGGCAAACCUGGAAAAGACCCCAGGGUCAGCUUCGCUUCACUUUUACCAGGACUGAAGGGUGAACCGGGUUGGCCAGGACAAAAGGGGGAUCGAGGUGACGCUGGCCCAGCGGGUUCUGACGGCUCAAAGGUAUUCCACUCUGCCUGUAUAUAA